GCGCACCGGCUGCCUUCCAACGAUCUUCAGUUGAUCUUCAGCUGCCUUCGCCGCAGUGGUCACCGUUGGUAGCCCUCGGAGGGAAAGCUGUUAACCUGCGUGGUCACCAGCAUGUCUAAAGGAGACGGUUCCCUGGUUGGAGGCAGAGAGAAAGGAGAGGAGCAGGUCGGAAGCCUGGCUUGGCUGCACCUGGUGGAGCAGGAGGAGGAGGAGGUGCUGAAGAAGGAGGAGGAGGAGGAGGAGGGCCAGGACUGCUGCUCCGACGACGUGAGCCUGCACCCGGACCUCCUGGAGCUGGUGGUGGACCGAGAGAAGUGCCGCAGCAUCCGCAGGCAGUACCGGCAGCUCAUCUACAGUGUGCAGCAGAACCGCGAGGACAUCGUGAACACAGCCAGCGACUCGCUGACCGAGGCUCUGGAGGAAGCCAACGUGCUCUUUGAUGGCGUGAGCAGAACCAGAGAGGCGGCCCUCGAUGCCCAGUUCCUGGUUCUGGCUUCUGAUCUGGGUAAAGAGAAAGCGAAGCAGUUAAACUCCGACAUGAGCUUUUUUAAUCAAGUCGCGUUCUGUGACUUGCUGCUGGUCUUUGUGGGCCUGAACUGGGUGGAGGACCAUCGCGAGGAGUUGAGCGACUGCGAUGACUGCAUAGCGCUCUCCUUCUGGGGGAUGGUGCAGAAGGAGGCGGCGUCCUGGAUGCUGCGGGCUGAAACGUUCCACUUCAUUUAUGGCUCAUUUAAGGCAGAACGUUCCGCACGAAAGCCCCGGCUUGAACAUCACAAGAGAGCUUGCAAAAUGGAAGGGAAUGGAGAUAUGCCUACGAAGUUGAGGAAGCUGGAGGUGCAUGCCAACCAGGAGACGACAGAAAAGGAAGUAGAAAGAAUCUUGGGGUUGCUGCAAACCUACUUUCAAAAGUACCCCGAUACUCCCGUGUCCUACUUCGAGUUUGUGAUCGACCCGAACUCGUUCUCCCGCACGGUGGAGAACAUCUUCUACGUGUCUUUUAUCAUCCGGGAUGGCUUCGCAAGAAUCCGGCUUGACCAAGACAGGCUGCCCAUCCUGGAGCCCACUAACGUCAGCCAGGGGGAGGAAGAAAGUGACUACUGCUCUUUCGGCAGGAAACAAGGAGUUAUAUCUUUGAGUUUACAGGACUGGAAAAAUAUUGUCUCCACUUUUGAAAUUUCAGAGGCCAUGAUCAAAAACCCAUAUUAAAGAUUUUUGUUUGUAGUG